UUCCGUGCUAAAAACUAUUCCAUCCUAGUUAGUAGGGUAGUGCGCGAUUUGGGACGCGGCCCGUCACGAGCGCCUAAAUUGGAGGGCGAAUGGCGGCGUCUCGCAGGUGCGCGCCAUUUUUCUGAUUCAACAUGGCGGCUUGUGCGGUUCAGUUGAUGGACAAACGGCCCCGGAAGCUUGUAGAGAAAAAAGAGACCCCAGUGGUGUUUGUGAAAAAAGUUCUGCAUGCAAGACAUCCGUUACAAAACCGGUGGGCCUUGUGGUUCUACAAGAACGAUAAGAGCAAAAUGUGGCAAGAUAAUCUGAGACUCAUCACCAAGUUUGAUACUGUUGAGGAUUUUUGGGGUGUGGUGCGGGUGCUGAGCUCUCAGCUUCCUCCACCAUUCCUUCCCUUCUUUCCUGCAGGUUGUACCAUAACAUUCAGAAGGCCAGUAAACUCUCGUCAGGGUGCGACUAUUCAGUGUUCAAGGAUGGAAUCGAGCCCAUGUGGGAGGACAGAAGCAAUAAAUGCGGCGGCCGUUGGCUCAUUACGCUCUCCAAACAGCAGAGACACUCUGAUCUCGACCGCUAUUGGCUGGAGACGCUGCUGUGCCUCAUGGGUGAGGGUUUUGGCUCCUACAGUAGAGACGUCUGCGGUGCGGUCAUUAACGUUCGUGCCAAAGGAGACAAAAUCGCCGUCUGGACGACAAACACAGAGAACGCGGAGGCUGUCACGUAUAUCGGGCGGAAAUAUAAAGAGAGUCUCGGCCUUCCAGCGAAGCUUGUGAUUGGAUAUCAGGCUCACGCAGACACGGCCACCAAAAGUAACUCCAUCGCCAAGAACAAAUUUGUUGUCUGAACAGAAGCGUCACUUGCCUUAUUUUCACAUUCAGCACUUUAUUUCCUGUCACUUUUUUUUUUCUUUUAGUUUUGUUUUUGUUCAUUUGUUUGGGAGAGAAAAAAAAAAGUUCUAUGGAGUUUGUUUUUGGUGUAUUUUUCUUCAAACAAUAAAAGUUGCCCAUA